AUGGAAGGCUUGAGCUUCUUUGUUGGGGCCAUAGGCAACAUUAUCUCAGUACUUGUUUUCCUCUCCCCCAUAGGGACUUUUUGGAGAAUAGUGACAAACCGAUCCACAGAAGAGUUUGAGAGUCUUCCUUACAUUUGCACCUUAUUGAACUCAUCUCUAUGGACUUACUAUGGAAUCACAAAGCCUGGAGGAUUACUUGUAGCCACUGUUAAUGGAUUCGGCAUCAUCGUCGAAACUGUCUACAUCGCCUUGUUCCUUAUAUUUGCACCUGAAAAGAUGAAGGCUAAGACAGUGGUUCUUGUGGGGAUACUAGACGUUGGUUUUCUAGCAGCAGCGAUAUUAUUUACUCAAUUGGCCUUGCAAGGAGACUUACGGAUUGAAGCCAUUGGGUUAUUGGGUGCGGGCCUAAACAUCAUCAUGUAUGGCUCGCCUCUAGCUGUCAUGAGAACAGUGGUGACUACGAAGAGCGUGGAAUAUAUGCCAUUCUUCCUGUCUUUUUUUCUUUUCCUAAAUGGAGGAAUUUGGGCUUUCUAUGCUUUUCUCGUGCAAGAUUAUUUCCUUGGGGUACCAAAUGGGAUUGGUUUUAUACUUGGAAUAGCACAACUAGUGCUCUAUGCAAUUUAUAGAAAUGCCAAGCCUUCGAAGUGUGCAUUGGGAGCAUUGGAAGACGGACGGCUACGAGAGCACCUCGUCUCAUCGUCGGAUCAAACACAUGGCAACGAUGAAGACCAGAGAUUUCUUUAAAAAUUUUAAAUUGUGAUCGACACUUUGAACCCAGCUCAGUUACUGUUUUAAUGGGCAAACAGCCCAACUCUUAGAACAUAUUACAGCCCUAGGUGGCGAAUAGCAGAGAUAUUGUUUGUUGUCAUUUGUUUAACAAAAGAAGAGACGAUAGGUUUCAUAGUUUUUCAAGCUUCAGGCAUGUGUAUAUCUGUUUGAAGAUCCAUGGGCUUGUUUUUUAUGGGUUGGACCUUAAUUGGGCUUGGGCUGCAACUCGAAUAUGCAGAGCCAUGAUCAAAUUGUCAUAUUGGUUUUGAUGGGUCGGGU